UUUGUUUGUUGUUGGUUUUUCGGAGCUAUGUUUAUAAAAUUUUAACAAUUUCUUUUCAAAAUAUUUAUUUACUAGGAAUUGAAAAUGCGUCCCUUGACCGACGAAGAAACAAGACUGCUGUUCGAAAAGUUAUCCAAAUAUAUUGGGGAGAAUAUUAAAAUAUUAAUAGACAGACCAGAUGGUGUCUACUGCUUUAGACUUCACCGUAACAGGAUAUAUUACAUCAGUGAAAAGAAUAUGAAAAUGGCUUGCAAUAUUUCUCGUGAAGACCUUGUAAGCUUCGGAACAUGUUUUGGAAAAAUGACAAAAACAUCAAAAUUCAGGUUACAUAUAACAGCUCUAGAUUACCUAGCUCCAUAUGCAAAGCAUAAAAUUUGGUUGAAACCAAGUGCAGAACAGCAGUUUCUGUAUGGACAUAAUGUUCUUAAAUCUGGUCUAGCUAGAAUAUCUGAGAAUACUUUAAAGUAUCAAGGUGUCAUCAUAUAUUCAAUGAAUGAUCUUCCACUGGGUUUCGGAAUUGCUGCUAAAUCUGCAGAUGAAACAAGGAAAGCAGAUCCACUGACAGUAAUUGCAUUCCAUCAAGCUGACAUUGGAGAAUACAUCAGAAGUGAAGAGCAUUUGACUUAACGCAAUGUCGUAGCUUAAAAUUUGUACAUAUGUGAAAAUUAAAGUAAUAAACUUUUUAU